GCAGCCCAACAUGUCAGCCUUGGAUCAGUUGAAGCAGCAGAAUGCUGGGCUUCAAUCAAGCGUUGGAGACAUUUCCAAAGUGGCUGGAUCCACAGUAAAGAAGCCAGCCGCAAAGACACCAGCCAAGACGGCGACAUCUGCCACCAAAGCCGCCGCUGCUAGGAAACCAGCGGCAACGAUUACAGACUCGACGUCAGCUGCGGCGCCUGUGAAGAAGGUCCCAAGGAAGCUUAAUGCAACUGGCACGCCUGCUUCGAGUGCAGCCAAGAAGACGCUGACGCCGGCAAAAGCAACCCCUGUGGGUGCAAAGAAGCUUGAAACGACUGCUUCAAGUACCGCUACGCCUGUCAAGAAGGCAUCCAAACCAGCUGGGGCGCGCACGCCCCUUGGGACGAUUAAACCACUGCCGGUCAGGCAGAAUGCGGCAGCGGACAGUCCGACAUGCAAGGUCGCAGGUACUGUCAACAAGACGUCUGGCAGCACGCCGAUCAAGAAGCAGACGGCAGUGACGUCGGGAACAGCAGCCAAGGCAACGCCUGUAAAGCCGGUGACAGGUGUAAAAUCUACGACAGCAAAAGCUUCGCCGGCCAAGAAGGCGGGCGCCAAGGCGAACCCCGACGGCAGUGUUCCGACCAGAGUCAACCCAGACGGCCAGCCCAGUGCUCAAUCGGCUCCCGCGACGGCGAAACGACAACCUGGGGUAGUGGGCAAGGGGGUGAAGACGGCGACGGGGACUUUGAACAAGACGGUGGGCACAACGACGGGCGUGCUCAACACGGUUACCGACUCUGCGACUACGGGGGUCAACACGACGGUCAACGGGGUGACGGGGUAUGCUGGCAAGGGGCUCGACAAGCUGCCCGGGGGAGUUGGACAGCCGGUCAAGCAUGUUACGGAGGGAGUUGGCAAAACAGCGACGGGGGCGGUAGACAAUGCAUACUACACUUUGGGCAGCGCGACCAAGGGCGUGCAGGGUACCGUCAGCAAGACGAGUGGAGCGCUGGGUAAAGGUGAUGUCAGGGGAACGGUGGCGGGGGCGACUAGCGGAGUUGGAAACACGGUUACGGGGGUAGGCAAGGGACUGGGGAACACGGUGGGCGACGGGCUGGAGGGGCUUGGGGGUGUGGUGGGAGGCCCCGUUGGAGGCAUUGUGAGCAAUGUCGGCAAGGGCGCCAGCAAUGCUGUGAGCGGGGUGACUGGUGGGCUGGGAGAAGGGGUAAGCAGGCUUGGCAAGGGAGACGUGAUAGGAGGCGUUGGGAGCACGCUGGGGGGCGUGGGAAGGGGAGUUGGUGGGCUCCUCGGGGGCGUGACGGGGUACGGCGAGGGCAGCAAAGAGCAGUGAAGGUGCAAGGUCGAGGCAUGGCUGUUGAGCGUGCGGGACAUGGAGCCCGAGGCAGCAGAGGCAUGGCAUGGCGGAGGGGAGAGGGUGGGCGGAGAGCAAGUAAGCGCCCACUCGAAACCAGCAGAUGGGCGGGGUGAGGGAGAUUAGAUGAAGGAGGGGGAGCACAGCCGGGCGCGCACGUGACCUGUUUGGUUUAUAGUUUUGGGGCGUCAUGUGGUGAGUAAGCGAACAGCCGUAUAUUUAGCAGUGAAACAGAGCAGGAGGGUGUGUGCUGCAGUAGUGUAAUUACAGACGGAAGG